GUUAUACUUUUCUCGAGCUCUGUAUUGUGGGCUUCAAGGAAGACCUAGUUAGUCCGUGUACAGCGUGUACAGCAUCAAAAACAUUUUGUAUAUCAAGACAUUCUCCUACCAAGCUGAAAUGGAAAACGGCAAAUCAACGCUGGAGCUGACAGGCCUUGAUGUAGAAAAAUCAAACGUGAAAGGAAAAUCCAAGGUUUUGAGAUGGCAAGUGGCAUUUGCCUUGCUGCUGAUAGUGGCCGUGGGUGUCAGUGUGACCAUGGGGUUAUUGUAUUAUUACAAGGAUGACAACGCUGUAACAGUCACUCCACUGCAAUCACAACCACCUCCACAACCAACUGGCGAGUACCAAUACGCCAAGGCUGCCGUGGCUGCUGAUGCUGGCGAGUGCUCAGAGAUUGGCCGGGAAAUUUUUCUGAACUCAGAAGGGGAGAUUCUGAAGGAAGGAGAUACACUGGUCGACAUCAAACUGGCUGAAACUUAUAAGAAACUAGCAGAGGGUGGAGAGAAUGCUUUCUAUAAAGGAGAUCUUGCCGAUGACAUCGUGGCCGACAUUGCCGAUAGAGGUGGUAUCAUUACAAAGGCAGAUCUAGAAAAUUAUCAAGUACGACGGAAGGAACCAUUGAUGUUUGAGUUGGAUGGUAUGAAGGUGUACUCGCCUCCCCCACCAGGCAGUGGUGCCGUGUAUGCACUCAUAAUGAACAUCCUCCAGGGUUAUGGCAUUGGUCCAGAUAGCAUUGCUACAACUGAAGCUGAAAUCUUGACAACUCAUCGUAUGGUAGAGGCUUUCAAGUUCGCGUAUGCAGGUCGAUCAUUUCUUGGAGAUGAAGACUACGUUGAUGUCAAAGAAGUCGUUGCAAACAUGACGUCACAGUCUUAUGCAGACUCCUUACGAGCCGCUAUUGAUGACAACAUGUCUCACGAUCCUUCUUACUAUACUGCCUACUACAAUCAGCCUGAUGGCGGCACAUCUCACCUGUCGGUCGUUGAUACAUACGGCAAUGCUGUAGCUGCGACAAGCACCAUAAACCUUUAUUUUGGAUCCAAAGUUCGUGGCAAUCGGACAGGAAUCCUCUUCAACGAUCUGAUGGAUGAUUUCUCAAAGCCCGGAGAACCGAACGCUUUCGGCGUCCCGCCCUCCGUUUCAAAUUUCAUCCGGCCAGGAAAACGACCAAUGUCCUCCAUGACACCCACCAUAGUUUUGGAUCAUGAAGGCAAAGUUAAACUUGUGGUUGGUGCAUCCGGAGGUACACGCAUUACCACUGGUGUGGCGCAGGUAUCCGUAGAUGCAUUGUGGUAUGGUGACAGCAUAAAAGAUGCGAUCCAACGCAGGCGUUUCCAUCAUCAGUUGGUUCCAAAUAAUGUCACCUAUGAAGCAGGUUUUAAUCAGGACGUCAUCGAUGGUUUGAGAGCAAAAGGUCAUUACCCUUACGAGUCUACCAGAGGCUGCGUGGUACAAGGCAUAAUGCGAGACGCGCAUGGAUUCUGGAGAGCUUACAGUGACGACCGGAAAGGAGGCUACCCAGCCGGGAUUUGAAAAUCGAUCCGGGACGACGAGACUGCAUGCGACAUGGCAACAAUUAGUUUGUAUGUUUCAGAUGUUUGACAUAGUUGAUUGACAGGAAAAAAGAAACCUCCAAUAAAGCUGUUGGGGGUUUGUUAAUCAAAUUUUACCUUUAAAACAAAUCUGUUCCGAAAAAUUACAAAAUUUGAAGCAGCAGAAAUAUAAAUGGUUGGAAACAUGAUAACCAAUGACAAUAUCGAAUAAACACUUCCAGGAACAGAUCUGGGACGGUGGGGGUAGAUCCCCCCUCCCCCACUCCGCUCUGAAACCAAAAGAAAAGGUGAAAAUGAAGAAAAGAAUAAUAA